AUGCAUAUUACCUCCAACGUAGAAGUAUCCCUGGACAACAGGAGCCAAACAAGCAAGACCGAGAAUAACCACAUGGAUAUUACCGCCAACGUAGCAGUAUCCCUCGACAACAGGAGCCAAACAGGCAAGACCGAGAAUAACCCCAUGGACAUUACCUCCAACGUAGCAGUAUCCCUGGACAACAGAAACCAAACAGGCAAGACAGAGAAUAACCACAUGCAUAUUACCUCCAACGUAGCAGUAUCCCUGGACAACAGGAGCCAAACAAGCAGGACCGAGAAUAACCACAUGCAUAUUACCUCCAACGUAGCAGUAUCCCUGGACAACAGGAGCCAAACAAGCAGGACCGAGAAUAACCACAUGCAUAUUACCUCCAACGUAGCAGUAUCCCUGGACAACAGAAGCCAAACAAGCAAGACCGAGAAUAACCACAUGCAUAUUACCUCCAACGUAGCAGUAUCCCUGGACAACAGGAGCCAAACAAGCAGGACCGAGAAUAACCACAUGCAUAUUACCUCUAACGUAACAGUAUCCCUGGACAACAGAAGCCAAACAGGCAAGACCGAGAACAACCACAUGCAUAUUACCUCCAACGUAGAAGUAUCCCUGGACAACAGAAACCAAACAAGCAAGACCGAGAAUAACCACAUGCAUAUUACCUCCAACGUAGCAGUAUCCCUGGACAACAGAAACCAAACAAGCAAGACCGAGAAUAACCACAUGCAUAUUACCUCCAACGUAACAGUAUCCCUGGACAACAGAAACCAAACAAGCAAGACCGAGAAUAACCACAUGCAACGUAGCAGUAUCCCUGGACAACAGGAGCCAAGCAGACAAGACCGAGAACAACCACAUGCAUAUUACCUCCAACGUAGCAGUAUCACCCCGGACAACAGGAGCCAAACAGGCAAGACCGAGAACAACCACAUGCAUAUUACCUCCAAUGUAGCAGUAUCCCUCGACAACAGGAGCCAAACAAGCAGGACCGAGAAUAACCACAUGCAUAUUACCUCCAACGUAGCAGUAUCCCUGGACAACAGGAGCCAAACAAGCAAGACCGAUAAUAACCAUAUGCAUAUUACCUCCAACGUAGCAGUAUCCCUGGACAACAGAAGCCAAACAGGCAAGACCGAGAAUAACCACAUGCAUAUUACCUCCAACGUAGCAGUAUCCCUGGACAACAGAAGCCAAACAGGCAAGACCGAGAAUAACCACAUGCAUAUUACCUCCAACGUAGCAGUAUCCCUGGACAACAGAAGCCAAACAAGCAAGACCGAGAAUAACCACAUGCAUAUUACCUCCAACGUAGCAGUAUCCCUGGACAACAGGAGCCAAACAAGCAGGACCGAGAAUAACCGCAUGCAUAUUACCUCCAACGUAACAGUAUCCCUGGACAACAGAAACCAAACAAGCAAGACCGAGAAUAACCACAUGCAACGUAGCAGUAUCCCUGGACAACAGGAGCCAAGCAGACAAGACCGAGAACAACCACAUGCAUAUUACCUCCAACGUAGCAGUAUCCCCGGACAACAGGAGCCAAACAGGCAAGACCGAGAACAACCACAUGCAUAUUACCUCCAAUGUAGCAGUAUCCCUCGACAAUAG